AUGGACAUCCUGAAUCGUCGACGUCUUCAAAAAGAAUGGAAGCGUUUCGAUGAGGAAGUUGAAGUGGAAUACAAGAAAACUUCAGAAGAGACCAAUCUCAUUAAAAUUGAUGUAGAGCCGAACGACGUGGAAAUCACACUCACCAGGCGUGGAUUUUGGGAGGUAGAACAAGAAGAACAUGAUCUGAAAUUGAAAAAAACAGAGAAAUUUCAGCAUGAUGUUGUGAAUUUGUCUUCUUUUGAUGUGGUCUGUCGUGUUAGAGCAACAAAUUCAAAACUGUUUUCGGUGAAUAGAAAUGCAUUUCAUUUGAAACCAAAAGAGGUUUUCUUGUUGAAAGUGUCUCGUGCUCCUCAUGAGAUUCGAUCUCAUCAUUUGAAAAUCGAUGUCACAAAGUACACACAAUCGUUCAAUCCAGCGAGUUUCCUCGACUACUUCGUUGGCCCAUACGCCUACAAAACGUUUAUUAUUCGAUAUCAUGGAGCCCCGAGAUAUUGGUCAGAUGCAUUGGAAAUGAAUGAUUGGAUGACAGGAUUGCCGUUAGAUCCAAACUGGAAAGCAGGAGUGAAGAAGACGUCCAAAGAGAAGAAAUCAUCGUUGGAGACUUCUGAAGCUAGCAGUGCGAAUGAAAAUCUGGAAGAAGAAACGGAAGAAGUGAAUACUUCCCAUCAGGCCAAAAUGAAUGACGCCAAUAUGUUGAUAAUGUCGAAUCAAGUACCAGAUGAAGUCAAAAAAGAAGAAGGGCAAGAAUUUGAUUCGACCGAUUCCAGCGAUUUCGAUGAGACACUGGAAAACGAGCUUGCGAAUUUGAAUAUGUCAUAG